CGAUAAGUAUUGAACCAUCUCUGAGACCGGCUAUUGUUGCAAUUUCGUGAUUCGUUUAUUAUUUUUGAUCAUUAAACAUGGACUUGCCACUAAAUGAGGGAAAUAGACAACAACCAGCACCAAAUCAGCAUCCAUUGGCAGACUACAACUUCACUGCCGAUGAAUUAAAGGCGUUACGUGAAUGCAACCAGGAAUCGUUUGUCCAGCGCUCGCUGCCCUUUGGCACUGGACUCGGUCUCUUGGCCUAUUUCGGGGUCAAGAACGGUUAUCUGCGGGGUAGCGGUAAAUAUGGAGCAGUGCCCAAAGUUGUCAUGGGUGUUGUACUCGGCUAUUUUGUGGGCAAGUUCAGCUAUCAGCAGAAAUGCGCCGAGAAAAUCAUGCGAUUGCCCAACUCACGACUUGGUGAAGUACUCCGGCAACGCCGUCAAGGCGGCGGUGUCAUCAACUCGAUCACACCCGACGAGAAUCUGGGACGGGCAUUCACACUGGCCCCCUUCACGCCCUCCUCGGCGGAUGUCUACACCGACGAGGGCUUCAAGCCCUCGCGGAACACAUCCCUGAACCUGGACACGGAUACACGACACGCAGUUGCCGGACUCGACGAUAUCUACAGACCCAAUUUGGACUCUAACACAAUGGUAGACACUGAAUUGCCACUGGAGCCGGCGAAGCCAGGAGAAUCCUAUGAAGAUUUGCGUAAGAAGAAUCGGGAAGAUUACACGAAGCGACAACAAAGUCCCUAUUCAAGGCCCUACGAAGCUCCGAUUCAGCAGCGAGUUGUGGAGUCUCCAGCACAUGAACAAAGUCUUGGAAUUGGCAGUGGCAAGAAAAACAAAUAUGGUGAUUCCUGGACAGAUUAAAAUUUAAAUUCUUCGAUUGCAAUUGUUAAUAUUUAUUCGCAUGUUGAAUACAAAACGUAUACAAAA